CAUCUCGAUAUAUCACCUCUACCUCUACCCACUAUUACUCCACUCUUAUGCGCUCGUACUUUCCAGGAACCAUGUCUCGAAUCUCCAGAACUGCAGCCAAUUACUGUCGGAAGCCUCUCACCCAUCAACCACGAUUUGUUCGAUAUGCAUCUUCGCAAUAUGUCAAAUUCAACUGGGAGGAUCCGUUCAACCUCGAGUCGCUCCUGACUGAAGAAGAAAGAGCGAUACAGGACACUGCCCGCGAAUUCUGUCAAGAGAACUUGAUGCCAAAGGUUCUGGAGGGUUGGAGGACGGAACAGUUCAACCACGAUAUAUUGCCUGGAAUGGGAAAACUCGGACUUUUGGGCCCAACUAUCAAAGGCUAUGGAUGUGCAGGUGUCAACCAUGUUGCUUAUGGAUUAAUUGCGCGGGAACUCGAGAGAGUUGAUUCUGGAUAUCGUUCGACGGCUUCGGUCCAAUCUUCCCUUGUGAUGCACCCUAUACACGAAUUCGGGACAGAGGCUCAGAAGGAGAAAUAUCUACCUCGGCUCGCAAAGGGCGAGAUGAUUGGUGCCUUUGGACUAACAGAACCCAAUCACGGCUCAGAUCCUGCUAACAUGCAAACUACUGCGGAAGAUGUCGAUGGUGGAUAUAUUCUCAGAGGUAGCAAGGCUUGGAUCUCCAAUGCUCCCGUAGCCGACCUCUUUGUAAUUUGGGCGAAAUGCAAGUGGGAUAACAAGAUUCGGGGUUUUUUGGUGGAGAAGGGAACCAAAGGCCUUUCAGCACCUCCCGUGAAGCAUAAAAUUGCCCUCCGCGUAUCUUUGACCGGCUCCAUUGGCUUGGAAGACGUUCGUAUUUCCCAUGAUGCUUUACUACCCGGAUCAAGAGGACUAGGUUCCCCUUUUUCCUGCCUCAAUUCUGCCAGAUUUGGCAUCUCGUGGGGAGUAACGGGUGCGCUUGAAGAUUGUUUUCACCGUGCUCGACAAUAUGCGUUAGAACGGCAUCAGUUCGAUCGUCCUCUUGCCUCUUUCCAGCUUGUACAGAAGAAACUGGCAGAGGCGCACACAGAAAUCGCGCUAGGUCUCCUCGCCAGCCUUCAUGUUGGGCGUCUGAAGGAGCAAGGUCUACUGGCCCCCGAGAUGGUUAGCAUGGUGAAGAAGAAUAAUUGCGGGAAGGCCCUCCACCACUCUCGGACUUUACUGGAUAUUCUCGGAGGGAACGCAGCAGCUGACGAGUACCACAUAGGGCGCCACGCUGCAAAUCUGCAAAUUACCAAUACAUACGAAGGCACAAACGACAUCCAUGCUCUCAUUCUCGGAAAAGCCAUCACGGGAAUAUCCGCUUUUGCUAACUGAAAGGUUUGUUUUGGGGGGUACGGGUGUACGGGUGCUUUGGAUAAGUUAUCCUCCACUCGGCCUUGUAUCACAGCGCAUCAUCUCAACACAUGAAAAUUUAAGUUGGAAAGAUUUAGUAUCGUUCUGAAAGAUACCAGACGAAGGCGGAUUGAUUGAACAACUGAUGGAUGAUGGUCACAGAAAUCGAUGCGGAUUCGGUUGCCACUUAAAUCAUCAAAUGAGGUUCUGCAUCCGGAGGAGGAAGUUCCGUUUAAUCCGACCCCCCUGCUCUUCAUAUGGGUAGACUGAUAGUCCCGUCCAUUCAAUUCAUUACCUGUUCCGAUGAUGUUCACCCUCAAGGCGGCUGCGAAGCGCUUGGAUGUAGUUCAC